AUGGCGCUCAACAGAAACACGGCGGCGUGGGAUAUUUUGUACGCGUUGGCUCUGGAUGGCGUGCCGGGUGACGCGCCCUCCGACAGGAGAGUGGCCGAUGGCACGGCGGCGGAAGAAAUGGCUGAGCAGCUUGAAGGGCAUCGCGUGAAGCCUCCGCAGCCGGUAAGGAUCAGGAGCAAAGCGGUGGAUCUUGACAGCAUGCGGCCUGCGAUGGAUGCAUCGGGCCUGCUCUUGGAGGCGGAGAAGUUACUGCUGCAUGAAUGGCCACAAACUUCCGUUACGGACAGGACCUCCUCCUUUGGUGACGGUUUGGGUCGUGUGAUGGGGCCGGAUGCGGCGACGUGGGAUCUCAACGAGGCGCAGGGUCUUCCACAGCCAACGGAGUCAUCAUUCCCAGGAGCUACAGUAGCGGCAGCAGUGAGCGAUGUACCACGGAGCUCAUUUUACCCGUUGAAGGCGGGACGCCCAAGUGAAAUUUUAACGGCGAUGAAUGAAGGAAGCCCCGUGCAGGGAAGCAGCAAGAUGAAGAGCGUGACGCUACCCGGUACAUCUGGUACCACAUGCUGGCGCUUUUGUGAGCAACAUGUCGGAGGUGUGGAGCAAACGCAGGGACAGGAGGGGAAUACUCACGCUGAAAAAUUAUGCAUGGAGCCCGGGAGCCACGACGGGACUUCUGCAGCUAUCAGCUACAGCGAUAGUUGGAACCACAAUCGCAGGGGUGAGAGCGUUCACGUGGAAGAUGAACAUAACACGUCGAAGGCGUCCUUCAAUAAGCUCUUGACUGCCACACCCACCGUCCACUGUAAUCCACAGACACAAGUGGGGCAUGAACAUUCAACUGCCUUCUUUUCUCUUCAUCCCUUGUCGAAAAACGUCAUGCAGGAAUGGAACGACGGCCGUGACGAUGAGAAAGAUGAGGCAAUCCGUGAAAAAUUUUUCCGCGUAAAGGAGAUCCGCCGCCUUAGACGUGCACAGCGUAUGCCGCAUGGAGAGACAUGUCAUGGUUCCACGGUGCCGAAUGCCAUGAUGGGUUUGUUCCACCAACAUCUAGACGUUCUUCGCUCCGUUCACCACGAAUCCACCGCAGCGUUAGAAGAGGCGGUACAGCUGCUACUGCAGGAACGCAAGUGGAUUACUAUGCGAUGCACGAUUCUUUAUGAUCGCCUGCAGCAACUUAACCGUCACCGCAACAAAAUGAUUAAACGGCUACAGACUGUCCAUGGGGACUCGACGACGGCAUUUUUUGCAGAUAUGAGCGUGGAAGUUUAG